AAAAUUACAUCCGACCCGAGGUACGAGCGCCAUGAAAUAGUGGAGACAGAUAAACGAUAUGCAAAGCACUCAGACUGCCUGAAUUCCUCUUCGAUCGAGAGCGGUGGAAAUGGCGAGCGGAGGAGAGAGCGGCGUCAGUCUGGAGGAUGUCCCCUCUUUGGAUCUGAUGGCGGAGCUCCUCCGCCGCAUGAAGUGCGCGUCCAAGCCUGACAGGCGCCUCAUCCUCAUUGGUCCACCUGGAUCUGGAAAGGGUACUCAGUCCCCAAUUAUAAAGGAUGAAUAUUGCUUGUGCCAUUUGGCCACUGGUGAUAUGUUGAGGGCUGCCGUUGCUGCUAAAACUCCUCUUGGCAUUAAAGCUAAAGAAGCUAUGGAGAAGGGAGAGCUUGUUUCUGAUGAUUUGGUUGUGGGGAUAAUUGAUGAAGCCAUAAAAAAGCCAUCAUGUCAAAAAGGCUUCAUUCUUGAUGGAUUCCCUAGAACAGUUGUUCAGGCUGAAAAGCUUGAUGAUAUGUUGGCUAAGCAGGGCACUAAAAUUGAUAAGGUGCUCAACUUUGCAAUUGACGAUGCCAUUCUAGAAGAAAGAAUAACUGGCCGAUGGAUCCAUUCAUCAACUGGUAGAACAUACCACUCAAAAUUUGCACCUCCAAAGGUCCCAGGUGUUGAUGAUGUAGGUUAA